AGGACGAGGCGUGUGUCUGACUCCAUCUGGCGACAGGAACGCAAAGGACAGAACAGAAAAAAAAGAAAGAAAGAGAAAGAAAGAAAGAAAGAAAGAAAGAAAGAUCCAUCCGCGCUCCGGAGCGGCGGCCCCACAAUGAGUCGCGAAACCGCCUCCUCCGAGCGCUCGCGCGGGCAGCGCCUCCAACUUGUCGCCUCGCGCCGCACCUGCAAGAGCUCGCGCUGCCCGCUGCAUGAGGAAGCGCGCGCAUUCGCCGAACAGCUUCUCAUUUCCCUUACUUCUUAGUUUUCCUGGCAGAAAAUAGUUUGUGUUAUUGUGACUUAGUAAUAAAAAUAAUAAUAAUACUAAUAAUAAUAAGUGGAUUUAAAAAUACCGGAGGAUGGCGUCAAUCGGGGACUUCGACCCGCUGAACUCCAGCGUACCUGCAACUAAAAUUGAAGUUACAGUCUCAUGUCGGAACCUGCUGGAUAUGGACACCUUCUCCAAGUCGGAUCCGGUGGUGGUGCUCUACAUCCAGGGUGUUGGGACCAAGGAGUGGAGGGAGUUUGGCAGAACGGAAGUCAUUGACAACACGCUGAACCCAGACUUUGUGCGAAAGUUCGUCCUGGACUACUUUUUUGAGGAGAAGCAGAAUCUGCGCUUUGAUGUAUACAAUGUGGACUCCAGAAGUUCUAACAUUUCUAAACACGACUUUCUUGGACAGACGUUCUGCACGUUGGGAGAAAUCAUUGGGUCUACAGGCAGUCGGCUGGAGAAAACUCUUUCAGGAAUUCCAGGGAAGAAGUGUGGGGCCAUCAUACUGACUGCAGAGGAGCUGAGCAACUGCCGGGACAUCGCCACCAUGCAGCUGUGUGCCAACAAACUGGACAAGAAGGACUUCUUUGGGAAGUCAGACCCUUUCCUGGUCUUCUACCGCAGCAACGAGGAUGGAACGUUCACUAUCUGUCACAAGACAGAAGUGGUAAAAAACACCUUGAACCCUGUGUGGCAGCCCUUCACCAUCCCUGUUCGAGCACUCUGUAAUGGGGACUAUGACAGAACAGUCAAGGUGGACGUCUAUGACUGGGACAGAGAUGGAAGCCACGACUUCAUUGGCGAGUUCACCACCAGCUACAGGGAGCUGUCCCGCGGGCAGAGCCAGUUCAACGUCUACGAGGUUCUGAAUCCUAAGAAGAAAGGGAAAAAGAAAAAAUACAUCAAUUCUGGGACCGUGACGCUGCUGUCCUUCAAAGUGGAGUCUGAGUACACGUUUGUGGAUUUCAUCCGUGGGGGCACGCAGCUCAACUUCACGGUGGCCAUAGAUUUCACCGCAUCCAAUGGGAACCCUUCACAGCCAACAUCUCUGCACUACAUGAACCCAUACCAGAUGAACACCUACGCAAUGGCACUCAAGGCUGUGGGCGAGAUCAUCCAGGACUAUGACAGCGACAAGCUCUUCCCAGCAUACGGCUUCGGUGCCAAGCUGCCUCCGGAUGGCAAGAUCUCGCAUGCAUUUCCCCUAAACUCAGACACUGAGAACCCAAACUGCGUGGGUAUCGAAGGGGUCCUGGAGGCCUACUUCCAGAGCCUCAGAACAGUGCAGUUGUACGGCCCAACCAACUUUGCUCCAGUCAUCAAUCAAGUGGCACGGUCGGCUGCUGACGUGACGGAUGGUUCUCAGUAUUUUGUCCUGCUCAUGAUCACAGACGGCGUCAUCUCUGACAUGGUGCAGACAAAGGAAGCCGUGGUCAACGCUGCAUCUCUCCCCAUGUCUGUCAUCAUUGUGGGUGUGGGGCCUGCUGAGUUUGACGCCAUGGAGGAGCUGGAUGGGGACGAGGUGCGGGUGUCCUUUAGGGGCCGGAUUGCCGAGAGGGACAUUGUGCAGUUUGUGCCUUUUCGGGAUUACAUUGACCGGUCAGGGAACCAGGUGCUCAGCAUGGCCCGGCUGGCCAAGGACGUGUUGGCUGAGAUCCCAGAUCAGCUGCUGUCCUACAUGAAGUCCCGCGGGAUCGAACCCCGACCUGCCCUGGAGACCACGCCCACACCUGCACGGUACAUGCGCAUCUGAGGGCCACCGGAUGAAAGACUUUAUCCCCCGUCUGCCUGCCUCGACAUACACACACUCACACACACAACCAGUUAUGAGCUCCCAAUUAUGUCUUGGGGGUGGGAGGGACUGUAACAGCUUUGUUCGCAGUUGGACAUCAGAGCACGGCCCCUGUGUACGUAAACAGCCAAUCCCUCUUCUUCUGCUCCUUAAUAAAAUGGAAUUUUGAAAACCCUGCAAAGGUCCCACCAACCAGAAGCAAACGUGAAAUUUGACUUCGGUGCGCCUCUUUGGUCCGCUAACGGAAAAAGGAGAGUUAAACCAGUGUCUCCACCUGCUUUUGCAUGCGUGGACAAAGCCCUCUGCACACUCCUGCAUGCUCCCCCCAGUCGCGCAGAGAGUGCCCCGAGGAAGCCCAGAAGAUGGUACUCGCACCGGUAUUAAUCUUGUGCACUUUGUUCUGUUUCUUCACUUUCAUAAUGUGUUGAAAGAAGAAAACAGUCAAACUGUUAAUUUAUUUCUUAAAGCAACACUCUGCUGAAACCAAGUCUACAUAGUAUAUAUUAUACACAUAUAUGUAUUAUAUAUAUGAGAUUUAUUGGACGUUGAGGCUGCAGUCAGAAGAAGGACAAUACCUGUCCAGGAUGCCAGUAUCGUCAGUUCAGGGGCGCUAAUCUGGUGCUGGAGCCCAAAUUCCAGUUGCCAUGGAUUUCCUGUGGGGUCAACACAUGGCGUGUGGCAGGAUGGUGUCAGGGAAUGAGGAAGCACCACAGCGAAUGCCAGUGUCUCUGUAGUGAGUGAUGGUGAGAGCAGUGUGCCAGCUUGUGUUGAGGGCCACGUCAGAUGCAAGGAGAAGCUGGCUCAAGGGAGGCAGGGGAUUAAUAUCCACAGUGCAGGUUCCUUUCUGCCUUUGUUUCUCUGCUCCAUGGUGGAAAAGUGUCCUGAAAAGCUCCACCUGAGGGCUACGCCUCCCAAGAGGCCAAAUACCAUUUAUUCAGCGGGUCUUGUCCCACUUGUAUAGUCUCUUUGGCACUGCUGCCAUUUAGGAAAGGAAUACAGUGCUUGACAAAACAGUAACACUCGGCUUUUCCACCUGUGGAGAUAGAUCUCAUGUUGUUGAGAGAGAUUGUCCACAGAAACCUUAAUGACCCACGAGGUUAGAUCUCACCAAGACUGUCUACUAUAAUUCAGCGUUUAAGUGUUGUCUCAUCUUUCACUGCACAGGAGAUUUUUAUUUCAUGCAAGUACAUUUUUUUUGUUUUACUAUGUAGGAUCUAUAUGAGACAAAGAAACUUCUGACGCUUAAGGCAAGGUGUUCACUGAAAAACUUGCCCAAGUUCCAUGGAGGCUUGGCCUGGGAGAGGUGUGCACCUUAUGGUAGAGCAUUCUGACUGUCCCCAGCUGCCUCUUUUCCUUAGGCCAGAAUUAUUGACCUUUGAACUAAAUCAUUUUCUGAAGUAUGCAAUGCGUUGCCAACAUUAAAAUCAUGAUAAAAAGGAUAGUUUGUCAAAUCAUUUUUUAUUUUGUAAAUAUAAAAAAAUGUGUGUGAUGUAAUCAGUUCAGUUUCAAGUUGUCAGAUCUAAAGCCGUAAUGAUCAGUCUGAAAAUUGUAGCCACUUUCUUUGAAAAAGACUGCAGCUAUGGAAGUGGUUCCAGCAUCCCUUACUUAUGUCUACUGGUGUCUUCAACAGCUCAAGCCUGAAUAAUGCAUAAAGCGAUGAGUGUAUUAAUGUGCCCAGCGCUCUUUGUUAUGUGCUGUGUGUUUGUUUAGAAGAAGAGACAGCAGCCUACAGGUGAACCCUUGGAGCAGCUCCUCUGCCAGGGUCCAGUCACACAUAAUGCACAGGCACUGUGGUCACCCCCUAUUCUUAGAAAUUAAAAAAUAGCGCCUUUUUUGGGGAAGAGUUUCAUCUCCUUUUUCAUUAUUUAAAUCCUUUCUGUUUUUUCGACAGAAACUGUUUUCAUAAAAUGAAUCUCACUGAACAGGACUUACUCAUGUUAGCUGGCAAAGUUUUGACCGUUUCUUGGCUUUCACUGUAUAUGUUGGAGUAAUGCAGUACACAGAAUUUUUAACUAAAUCGGGGCAUAUCUUUUUAACAAGAAAGUUAUGACACAAAUUUAACGUAUAUUAAGAAUCAAUACCUUGUCUAAUGUCAUUCAUUAUUCCAUUUUAGGUUUGCAUUGGUUUAUUCACAUUCACAAUUUUGUCAUUGCAGAACUGCCUACUCUCAUUCUUUAAGCAUAGACCUUCGACACUGUUAACAUGUACAAAACAUAUCACUGUAAGGUUUAUUCAUUUAUUAGUUUGUGCAAUAUUACACAGAAAUAGCAUAAGUGCUGAAUAAACCAUUUACAUGGGUUCACUUUUUGUCUUCUGCCCGCAUUCCCUUUCACAGUCUGUAUUUUAUGUAACGGGCAGGAAUGUAGAUAUUUGGAAUUCCAUAAAUGAUAAGUAGGAAAGGACCCAUUAAAUUAGUAGACAUUCAGAUGACACACAUGGUGAUAAAUUGAUAGAAGAGACCUAUAGCUGCAGUGGUUAAUGCUUCGGCAUGUUUUCAGUGCUGAUGACUUCUUAGUGGAAUCACCGCUAUGUGAUCCCCCCCAGCUCCUCUCCACAGCAGCCACUGGGUGGCGUAGCCCCCAAGGUUCAGGAGAGACAGAUUCUCAUCAUCGUGACUCAAACAGUUCACUGCACGCGCUGGCUGUCGACAGUUAGCUGAAGAGCAAACGGGAAGGAAGCAGCACAGAUUGUGUGGCCUUAUCAUUCUGCAAACGUGUAAGACUGUGAGUUAGUGUGUUCGUUGGUUUGAACCAUUCCUGAAAACUAGUCUGUUACCUUGACACAUGUUGCAUGCUUGAAACUGAAUCAAACAACUGAUUAUUGUUGCUGUAAUUGUUAUACUAAUGGUGGCUGCCAUUAUCCAUUAAAUGCCAGCAAAAUUAGUUCAACGUAUAAUAAGAAUUAUGGACUGAAUAUAUAUUAUAUCAGCUGUGUGCACAGUUGUCAGUAUCAAUUUAUUAUCGUCUGUUUUUCUUUCCUGUGUGUAUGCUACAGGAA